CUGCUGGUGACAGCGCGUCAUGUGACCUCACAUUAAACGCAGCGAUGGAGAAAAGCUAAGGAAGGGAUCUGCCCUGGCAGUGGAUUCCUCUUUACCCAGAGUGCUUGUGGAAUGGCAGCAGUUUGGCAGCAGGUUUUGGCAGUGGACGCAAGGUACAAUGCUUACCGCACGCCUACGUUCCCACAGUUCCGAACUCAGUACAUCCGCAGACGCAGCCAGCUGCUCAGGGAGAACGCCAAGUGUGGCUUUGAGCCGGGGCUGCGCAGGCAGUACCUGAGGCUGCGCAGUCAGCUGCUGGCCCUGCGCUACGGGCCCCUGUCUGAGCAGAGCAGCUUCAGGGCCAGCAGUGUGCGCAGCUCCCGCACCACACUGGACCGCAUGGAGGACUUCGAGGAGGACCCCCGCGCCCAAGGUGCUCGUGGUCACCGCCGGUCCGUCAGCAGAGGCUCCUACCAGCUACAGGCCCAGAUGAACAGAGCCGUUUAUGAUGAGAGGCCUCCGGGCAGUUUGGUGCCCACCUCAGUGGCAGAGGCCAGUCGUGCCAUGGCAGGGGACACAACUCUGAGUGAAAAUUAUGCUUUUGCUGGCAUGCACCACAUAUUUGACCAACAUGUUGACUCUGCUGUUCCAAGGUUGCAGUUUGCCAAUGAUGACAAGCACCUCCUGGCUUGCUGCUCCCUGGAUGGCAGCCUGUCCAUCAUGACGUUGUCCCCGUCCCCUCCCAGUGUGAAGGUGACCCUGAAAGGUCACGGAGGUCCUGUCACAGACUUUGCUUGGUCUCUGAGCAAUGACAUCAUUGUGUCGACAUCACUCGACGGGACUCUGCGUAUCUGGAACACGGAGGACGGUCGGUGCAUCCGAGAGGUCAGAGACCCAGAGUCCAGCGAGUUGCUCUGCUGCACCUUCCAGCCGAUGAAUAACAACCUGACUGUGGUGGGAAACAGCAAGCACCACCUGCAGGUGGUGAACAUCUCCACUGGGAAGAAGGUGAAGGGGGGCUCCAGUAAGCUGACAGGCCGCGUGCUGUCUCUGUCCUUUGAUGCUCCGGGGAGGAUCCUUUGGGCUGGUGAUGACAGGGGGAGCAUCUUCUCCUUCCUCUUUGACAUGGCUACAGGGAAGCUGACCAAAGCCAAGCGUCUGGUGGUGAGUGAAGGCAGCUCCAUCUGCAGCAUAUCUGCUCGGUCCUGGAUUAGCCGAGAGGCCAGAGACCCCUCCCUGCUGAUCAACGCUUGUGUCAAUAAACUGCUGCUGUACAGGGUGGUGGACAAUGAUGGCACACUCCAGCUGAAGAGAAGCUUCCCUAUCCAGCAUGGCUCCCAGCACGUUCACAGCAUCUUCUGCCCCCUUAUGUCUUUCAGACAGGGGGCAUGUGUCGUGACUGGCAGCGAGGACGCCUGCGUCUACUUCUUCGACGUCGAACGCAACACCAAGGCCAUCGUGAACAAGUUACAGGGUCACGGGGGGCCGGUGCUGGAUGUCAGUUUCAACUGCGAUGAAAGUUUACUGGCCUCCGCCGAUUCCACUGGCAUGGUCAUCAUCUGGAGGCGGGAGCAAAAGUGACUGAUCCACCAAUAAAACGCUUCCAUUCCGCCGCAUUCAAACGGCUCCUGCCGCCUUUUAACCGUCCAAUAACAAGUCUGUAGAAAUUCACUGGAAUGUAACAGGCUGCGUAUAAUGUUUAAUGUAAUCAUAACUCAAGUGCAAUCAGAUAGAGCACCAUGCUGUGUAGGUGGUAGGGAUGUCUUAGAAAUUCAAGAGAUUGGGGGGUGGGAUUUGUGUGUGUGGCGAUGUGUGUGUAUGGCGAUGUGUG